GUACUCGAAUUGGGACUUUGGAGCCAUACCUAGAGCGGACGUUGGUUGACUGCUUUCUCACCAGGACGAGUCCGUCGACGUGGUGCGUGGUGGUAUCUCCAUCUCCAUCCGAUCCAAUUAGAUUAUUAGACUAAGAAGAUACUAUGGAGAAGGGGAAGGCAGUGAUGGGUUCAGGGCGACGAUGGGCUGUCGAUUUCAGUGAUGUUUCAACUGCUGCUUCCUCCCGUGACAUCCCUGAUCCUCCCGGUUUCUCUCGCGCCUCUCAAGAUCAGGAUGAUUCCACUCUAAGCCGGCAAAAGAAGGAUGCCGAGGCCAAUUGGAAAGCUCAGAAAGCUUGGGAAGUAGCACAAGCCCCUUUUAAGAAUUUGUUGAUGAUGGGCUUCAUGAUGUGGAUGGCUGGAAGUACGGUGCAUCUUUUCAGCAUUGGUAUCACAUUUUCAGCCCUUUUUCAGCCAAUAAGUGCUCUUCAAGGGGUUGGGAAGGUUUUUGAGCCUUACAAAGACAGUAAAGUCGAUCUUCUUGGCCCAAAGUUGCUAUACAUUGCCCUCAAUUUGGGAGGUUUAUUACUGGGUGUUUGGAAGCUUAACACGUUAGGGCUUCUUCCAACACAUGUAUCAGAUUGGGUUUCAUCGUUACCUCCUGCUCAGGACGUUGAGUAUUCUGGUGGUGGGAUUCCGUUGCAUUAAUUCAGUAGUUUCAUCAUUUAGAAGAACCAUCGAUCUUCAGCAACAGAUGAAGUGGAUUUGCUCCCCUGAAGUUUAAUCCCUGUAUUAAUGCAUUCUUGUAGCCUUCAUGGAAAAGGCAGAGUCAGCUUUUGAAUUAACAAGCUUUUUGACUUGAUCAAGAGAUUUGGGUUUGUAGUAUUUGAAAACUUGAUAUAAUGCUUCUUUCUGAAUGAUUGUGACUGUACUCACCUGAAGCAGCAUCCAUUGGAGACUGCAUUCCAAGUAAAGAAUUGCAUCGAUUUGAAGCUUUUA